GUUGAUGUGAUUAGAUUUACGAUUAGAUGGUGAGACCGACAGGGGGCGGUGGUAGAAAGGAGAGGAAGGAGGGGCGUUACAAGGGUGUUAGGAUGAGAAAAUGGGGAAAGUGGGUGGCGGAAGUCCGUCAACCCAACAGUCGUGAUCGGAUAUGGUUAGGGUCAUAUGACACGGCAGAGGAAGCGGCCAGGGCUUACGACGCCGCCCUCUUUUGCUUGCGUGGACCGUCGGCAUUGAUUAACUUCCCUAACCAUCCACCGGACAUCCCCAUAACGGCGGACCUCUCCCCCUCCCAGAUACAGGUGGCGGCUUCUCGACAUGCUCGUGGGUUGUCGACGGAUUCUUCGUCGUUGGCCCAAGUGGCCGGUAAUCUCAGGACGGGUUAUCAGGAUGAGCAGGAGUGUAAUUUGUUCAGAGAGUAUCGGAACGCGACGAGUAAUUAUUUUCCGGUGGAAGAGGGUGGUGGUGGUGGUGGUGGAGAUGAGGGCGUCGUGGGUUUCGAGAGACAACGUUUGUGGGGUUAUUGAAGAGCUGUUGGUCUUGUAAAGUAGGAUGAAUUAUAGGAGGAUAAGACAUAUGUUAAAAAGGUAAACUAUCAAUAGAUUUUUAGGGUGUUUUGAAUUUAUACUACAUUAAUUAAUUAUCUGCUUACGAUGGAUUUGUAUUAAUCAAGUGUGGAACAACACAUGGUAAACUCCUACACCCAUUUUACAUAAAAGAUAUGUUAAUUAGGGCUUUAAAGAUUAAUUAAUACUUCGAUUGAGAUUGAUACUAAAUCUAAUCUAAAUUAUGUCACUCAUGGAUUAAGCUUAACGGGCCUCAACACCUACCUGAUAAGCGUUUUAUCCGUAAAAUUCGAUAAUAUCAUUUACUUAUCGGGUAAGAUUUUAAUCUAUGAUGCUGUAUGUAACAAUUUAACCGGUGCAAGUGUCAAUUGUUGGAAUAAUUUUGUUUCUCUUUGUUUUUACGAACAAAAGUGUUCCAUUAUUACCAACAAAACAGAAUAAAUAUGAACCUGAACCUUUGCGUGAAAAUAAUCCGCUAAAAGGGCUCCCAAUUCCGGGAUGAAUUUUUCCUUUCCACUUUAGAAAAAGAACUAACGUGUUGAUGGAUCAUUACCAUGAUCAUACAAGGUAAUCAGAUUUCGGUAUUUUAGGAUUAAGGGUGUAAAACGUCGCCAUCACUUAUGGAGUGAGAGACUCGAUUCUUGGUUCUUACUGGAUAAAAUUUUUGGUUUUUAUCAUAUUCAUUCAGUAGGAUAAUGUAAUUUGAUAAAUACUUAUUCGAGUAAACGUUUUGGUAAACAAUUUCUAAAUCUAUCAUGAACAAAAAUCAUCCGAAAAUGAAAAACAAAAUUGACUCGACUCUUUGUUCGACCUAGUCGAAUGCAAGGUUCAAAAAUCAUCGGUUUUAAAAUACCAUGUCUGUCGAGUCCGAUCAAUAAAAUUGAAGUACAUUAUAUUUUAAUUUAUUAUAAAUUUAUUUGUUUUAAA